CACAGCCGCCGCCGCCAGCAGCAGCAGCAGCAGCAUCCUCAGCAUCCCGGGCUCCUGCCUCCUUGCUGCUGCCGUCUUUGAGCGGGCGACUGCUCACUUUGGCGACGCUGCCUCCCAGCUCCCCAGUCAGAGCUUCAUCCCGGCCGCCACCGCGCUCUCUCUCAAACUCGCCCAACGCCCCCUCUUGCGCGUGGAAAGCGGUGGCCAGACUCAAGCGGGGAGGGAGCGAGGGGGGGGGUUGCGAGUUUGGCUUGCUUUGAUUUCGCUCCCCCCGGUCUGCUGGGGGAAUCCUGUCUCUGGCAGCAGGUCUCUGCUCGGCUUCGCGGUGCUUGCCAAGUUUCCCUCCCCUCCCCUUCGGUUUCCAGUUGCCAGCGACAUUCUGGGGUCCUUUCCCGCUCCGGAUUUCUAUACAGAUCGCAGCUCCCUAGUCCCAGCUUUCUCCUCCCCUAGCUCUCUGUCUCUGUCCCUCUCUCUCUGUCUGUCCGUCUGCCUCGAUUUUAAUUGACCGACCGCCCAAACGUCCCCCGUGCCCCUCGGCAUGCCCACGGGCAGCUUCCUCGCCUCGCCGUCUCGGGAUCCGGAAUGGCUCGGAGCUAAUGGAGAACGAGGAGGACCGUGUUAAGAUCAGGCUUUGGCAUCCGUUGUCGAGGGAAAGGGGCCCGAAGAAUGGUCUAAGAGGCGGCCCUCCUUCAGCUCCCCUUUAAGCAGCACCAAGUACGAGGUGCCGGGAGGCUGCAGAGCAGGGACGCACGGGGCUGGUGGAGUGGCAAGGUUAUCAACUGACUGCUAACUGGAUUUGAUCGAUCAGAGGGGAAUCCAAAAUAAAUGGCUUCUCUCCUUGUACUGCUGCUAUGGAAAAUGGAACACCAAUGGCUGAUGGGACAUGGUUUGAUAAAGAACAUCAAGUAAAGAUGUCUCAAGAAGUGUGAAAUCAAUGGAAGAUCCUUGCUCUUUGAAAAGCUUUUUGAAAUUAUCCUGACAGGUUCUCCUGGAAACCUGAGGAAACAUUCCUUCUUUAUCUGUCUCGUUUUUCACAGGGGAUUAUAAAUACUAUUACUUCCUUGUCAACUUCACACCUCAUGUGGGACCAUGGCCCCGCCAAGAUCCAUGUGGCUGAACUGUGCAUGGAAAGCAGGGAUGACACAUCUUGUACUCCGGGGAUUGGAUGCCACACUGGCCCUCUGCAUCUUUGGGUGUUUGCUUCAGGCCUCUGCUGUAUCUUCACAAAAGUUGGAUGAUGCUGACCCAUUGGUGACGACUAACUUUGGCAAAAUAAGAGGGGUUAAAAAGGAACUCAAUAAUGAAAUUCUGGGGCCUGUGAUUCAGUUUCUUGGGGUUCCAUAUGCAGCUCCACCCACAGGGGAACGCCGUUUUCAACCUCCUGAACCUCCAUCUUCUUGGUCAGACACCAGAAAUGCCACUCAGUUUGCUCCUGUUUGUCCACAGAACAUUAUCGAUGGCAGGUUGCCAGAAGUCAUGCUCCCAGUUUGGUUUACUAAUAAUUUGGAUGUAGUUUCCUCCUACGUACAAGAUCAGAGUGAAGACUGCCUCUAUUUAAAUAUCUAUGUCCCAACAGAGGAUGUAAAAAGAAUAUCCAAGGAAUGUACAAGAAAACCCGGCAAGAAAAUUUGUAGAAAAGGAGGUCCCCUUACAAAGAAACAGACAGAUGAUUUAGGGGAUAAUGACGGAGCUGAAGAUGAAGAUAUUCGGGACAGUGGGGGCCCUAAACCUGUGAUGGUGUACAUUCAUGGUGGCUCCUACAUGGAAGGCACAGGGAAUUUAUAUGACGGCAGUGUCCUGGCAAGUUAUGGGAAUGUGAUAGUCAUCACAGUCAACUAUCGGCUGGGGGUACUUGGUUUCUUGAGUACUGGAGAUCAAGCAGCAAAAGGAAAUUAUGGACUCCUUGAUCUAAUACAGGCCCUGAGAUGGACUAGUGAGAACAUUGGAUUCUUUGGUGGUGACCCUUUGAGAAUCACCGUUUUUGGAUCUGGCGCUGGGGGGUCAUGUGUCAACCUGCUGACUUUAUCCCAUUAUUCUGAAGGUAACCGUUGGAGCAAUUCAACCAAAGGACUCUUUCAACGGGCAAUAGCUCAAAGUGGAACAGCCCUCUCCAGCUGGGCUGUUAGCUUCCAACCUGCGAAAUAUGCCAGGAUGUUGGCUACAAAAGUUGGCUGCAACAUGUCUGAUACUGUAGAGCUAGUUGAAUGUCUGCAGAAGAAGCCUUAUAAAGAACUUAUUGACCAAGAUAUCCAACCAGCUCGAUACCACAUAGCCUUCGGACCAGUAAUCGAUGGUGAUGUAAUACCAGAUGACCCUCAAAUACUGAUGGAACAAGGGGAAUUUCUCAACUAUGAUAUAAUGUUGGGUGUUAACCAAGGGGAAGGGUUAAAAUUUGUUGAAAAUAUAGUAGAUAGUGAAGAUGGGAUUUCAGCUAGUGAUUUUGACUUUGCUGUCUCCAAUUUUGUUGAUAAUCUAUAUGGAUACCCUGAAGGCAAAGAUGUUUUGAGGGAAACUAUUAAAUUUAUGUAUACAGACUGGGCAGAUCGACAUAAUCCUGAGACCAGACGCAAGACACUAUUGGCUUUAUUUACUGACCAUCAAUGGGUGGCACCCGCAGUGGCUACAGCAGAUCUGCAUUCAAACUUUGGUUCACCUACAUACUUCUAUGCCUUCUACCAUCAUUGCCAAACAGAUCAAGUUCCAGCUUGGGCUGAUGCAGCUCAUGGAGAUGAGGUUCCUUAUGUUUUGGGAAUCCCCAUGAUUGGGCCAACGGAGUUAUUUCCUUGUAAUUUCUCUAAAAAUGAUGUGAUGCUGAGUGCAGUAGUGAUGACUUAUUGGACAAAUUUUGCUAAAACUGGUGAUCCAAAUCAACCUGUCCCUCAAGACACAAAGUUUAUCCACACGAAACCCAAUCGUUUUGAAGAAGUAGCAUGGACCAGAUAUUCCCAGAAAGAUCAACUCUAUCUCCAUAUUGGAUUAAAGCCAAGAGUAAAAGAGCAUUACAGGGCUAAUAAGGUGAACCUCUGGCUGGAGCUGGUACCUCAUCUGCACAAUCUCAAUGACAUUUCUCAGUAUACCUCUACUACAACUAAAGUGCCCUCUACUGAUAUUACCUUCAGGCCAACAAGGAAAAAUUCUGUACCAGUCACAUCAGCCUUUCCUACAGCCAAGCAAGAUGAUCCCAAGCAGCAACCAAGUCCAUUUUCCGUCGAUCAACGGGACUACUCCACGGAGUUGAGUGUGACCAUCGCAGUUGGGGCAUCUUUACUUUUUCUGAAUAUCUUGGCCUUUGCCGCUCUCUACUACAAGAAGGAUAAGAGGAGACACGAUGUUCAUAGGAGAUGUAGCCCUCAGCGUACGACAACCAAUGACCUUACCCACGCACAAGAAGAGGAGAUAAUGUCCCUCCAAAUGAAGCACACAGACUUGGAUCAUGAAUGUGAGUCUAUCCAUCCACAUGAGGUGGUUCUUCGGACCGCCUGCCCCCCAGACUACACACUAGCUAUGAGGAGAUCUCCUGACGAUGUUCCCUUAAUGACCCCUAACACCAUUACCAUGAUUCCCAACACUAUACCAGGAAUCCAGCCCUUACACACGUUCAAUACGUUUACUGGAGGACAGAACAAUACUCUGCCCCAUCCCCACCCCCAUCCCCACUCACAUUCAACAACCAGGGUAUAGCCAGACAAGAUGAAACAAACUCUAUUUUUUGACGGAUUACAGUAAGCAAUUACUGGGGAUUGCUUGGCUUUCAACCUACAAAGACUUACUAUUUAAAUAAGGAGGAAUAUUAUGUGAAUAUACAUAUCAAGAACUUUUGAGGUUUUGAAAAAAAAUGAAUUGUAUAUAGUUACACAAAUGAACUUUAAAACUGAUCUCGAUUGCUUGAAGCAGUUGUUCUGAAUGAUACUUUUUCAUUCACAUUCAAGUAUUAAUUUUUUGAAGAUUUAAGUUACAUAUUGGAAUUAGGCAUGUGCAACACCAAACAGGAAAGAACUAUGACUGAAAUUUAAAGAACAAAAAAUCUAUAAAUAUGCACAAGGGACACACUAAUGGAAUGUCAGAUAAUUUUCACCAGUUUUUAUUUGGAACUGUUUUCUUGUGUAGUCCAUAUUUACUAAUUUGGAUAUAAGUACACAAAACACCAGUGCUGUUAAAGGCCUUAGUAGAACAAGGCUUAUGCUGAAACCUGCUGGUCAAACAGCAAAGUGAAGCCUGGCAGGGUCAACAUUUUCACAUAAGUGCUGUCAGUAUAAAUUGGUGGGGGAUCAAGGAAACUGGGGAUUUUUAGCACGACGUGCAUGAUCAUUGAUAUGCUUGGUGGCUGUGCUGCUGAUUAAGCUGCAAUUAAAAUUCUUCUCAUCCCAUUGGAAUUUUUUCAUAGAAGCUUCCUCCAUCAAUUGGCAGAAUCCAAAGAAGAAUUGUAAGGGGGCAGAAGUUAUUGCAAUAGAAUAAUUUAGAGUAGCUUCAGGAAUAAAAGGUGUUAAGGUGUUAGUUAUGAAAGGUAGCUGAUGAAUCUGUAGGGAUAGGGGGUGAACACUUGCUGAAAUGAAUCCCAGAGAGAAAACAAACAACUUUCUGUAUUUUUAAUGUUCUUUUAUGUUUUCAUCUAAAUAAUUUAUAGAAAUAUUACCCAAAUGGGACUUGUGUUGAAGGAUUUCUAAUUUGCCGUGCUUUGGUUAAAACUGUAUUUUGUUCCUCUUGGUAAGGUGAAGUGUGUCCAAAGAUUUAUUUACAAUGGUAUUUUAUGAUAUAAGGAUGCCCCAAUAUUGCCACUCUGAUUACAGCUCUCGAUUCUUGAUUUACUCAUGUUGCAUGACAAAAUGUUUACUAAUACUAUUUCGAUAAAAUCUCAUGUCCCUUCUGACAUUUCAUAUCGUUAUCACCAAAGUCCAUUCACCAGAAUUUGCUGAUGAGAUCUCUAGCUAGCAUCCAAUGUAAGUGGAGAGGUUCGGAAAGAAGAGUCAUCCAAACUGGAGGUUUUUAGUCAUUCUUAUAUGUGUGAUUUUCAGCAACUGUUCUAAGAUCACAGGAAACCUCUCCAUUCCCCCAUUGUUUACCAAUACCAGUAUAUCACAGACCUUUCCAAAUGUUUGUAUAUGUAAUCAGAUGUACAUUUAUAUCAAAAGAAAAAAAAUUGAGAUGGACUUAAGAGCACAUCCCUGAUAAAUACUUUCUCUCUGACCUGUACUAUAUUUCUAUUAGACUAAAGUUAUGUGAUUUUUUUUUACAUUUUUUCAGAUUACUAGCAAUUUUGAUAGUUUGUAAGAUAAUGCAAAGAACUUUCUCUGACAAACUAACUGCAGUAACAGAAACAUUUCUUUUUCAGUUACUCUUUUUCAAGAAUGAAAGCUUAUUACACACACACAAAAAUUGUAUACUACUUAAUGGAAAUUACUUUGUACUUCUUGGCCAUGUUCCUGGUCACUGAGUGAAAUAAAGAUAAUCUGGAUAAUGAUUAUUAUUCCAAUGCUAAGAGACCUGAAUCUUUGCUCAUUAAAGAGCUAAAAUGUUCCUUGCUGUUUUGUCAUUUUUUUUAAAAAAAAACAAACACAAAAAUAAUGAUGACAGCUUAAUACGUCAUCUCUAGACUAGGCAGAUUUUUAAAGAUCACCAUAUGACUUCAACAAAUCAAUUCGAUUCCACAAACAUUUAUUUAGUGAAUACUUUUUUCUGUGUAUGAGAAAGACUCUGGGUUGGAUGCUGGGUAUGCAAAGGCUAAAACAAAAUGGUCCUUGCCCUGCAACAGCUUACACUGAUGUACAGGAGAUACAAAAUGUAAACAUAUAAAUAAAUAGUAAAUACCUAGAAAAGUCACUGCAAGGGGGAGAAAGUGUUAGUCACUGGGAAAAGGACACCAGGAAAGGACUCGUGGAAGAGGUGACACAUAAGCUAUGCUUUGAAUAAAACAAGCAACUCUAACAAGGUAGAGGUGAGGAAGGAAAGUAUACCAGAUGAUGCAAGCUAUCCUGGGAGACCAGACACAUUGAAUGCAGUUCCUCAUAAAAAGUUUAAAGUGAUCAACUUAUUGAUCCCAGAAAGCAACAGUGGUAUAGAUCUUCUAUUGUUCAUAUCUUUGUUAUCAAAACAAGCUAAUGUAUUUCUAAUUAGAAAUUGGAUGAAAUGAAGGCUCCAUUUUUUGUCUUCUGGGAAGAGGUUGAAUGGAAAUAAAUGGCCUCUUGUUUUGUGGAAUGGAAAUGGUCUGCUUCAUAAUAAGAGGGUGAUUAAACUUUCAUAAAAUAAUGGAUCAAAAGUUAUCCUUCUAGGAGGAUCUAUGAGUACUGAGAAAGAUAUUAAAACUGACACUAAAAGAUAAAACCCAUCAUUUUGCACACUUUUCUUUCAUUUUUAAUGCUUUCUCAACCACCACUACCCCCCUCAAAAGUCUAUAAACCAUUAGAAUUUUGCAUGGUUUCGAAUAUGAAAUGAAAAUUCCCAGUAGUUGUAUCAAAUGAAAAACUGUUUUGAAAAUCCAGAGUGGUCCCCAUGCAGUGACUGCCUGAUGUGGUUGAGUAUUUAGACUGGGAACUAGCAUUGUGAACAAAUCAAGAGAAUUACUUGUCAUCUGAAAUACUGAUUCAUAGGAAGACUGCACCUUUUCUAUGUUUAUUAUAUGAAUUGAAUAAAAAUGAAUACCAACUUUGAAGACCAUUACAUAAGAUCUGAAUAAAUAAAUAUAAUUUUUGUGGAGGUUUUUUUUGUAACUUUGGCAGAAUCAAAGUCACAUUCUGUUAUUUUUAAUGGUGGCUAUAUAUUCAUGCCUCACCAGUUAGCUGCCUGUUAAUGUCUAUAUAUUUAUGUAUCUUGUCUAAUAUCUGUUUUACUUUUCUUAUUAUGGGAAGAGAUAGUUUAUAAUAACAAAGCAUGAUUCUACAGUUUUCUUCUUUUGGAUUUUUUAUUUCUGUUGCCCUGGAGUAUCAUAAUUGUGCAAGAUAAAGACGGCAUAAAUUUGGCAUUUGUUUUAAAAAAUCUAUGAUAUAGGCAUGGUGAAUAAAACUGUAGCUGCUUGUUUAUACUGACAGUCAUAAGUUUUCUGCCAAUAAAGUAGUGUCCCAAUUGAACAGAACUUUAUUUUUUUAAAGCUGAAAUACAAAUAGGAGAGUGAGGAAUAUUGUGAAUAAUUUUCUUGAAAAUUCAAAUGAAUUUGUGAUAUCAGUGUUAAAGUUAUUUCCUCUAAUGAAAAAGAUUAGGAUAAGUUAUUAUUCUUCAAUUCAUUUAAUAAUAAGCUUAAUUGGAGAUAUAUUUGUUUAGGCUUGUUUUUUUUUUAAGUGGAUCAUGAGCAGCCAAAUUUGUUUUUGAAUUUAUUAAUCAGAUCUGGGUUUCUCCCCUGUUCCGUGUUAUCUUGACCUGGGAGAAUCCUUAGAGGCCAUCUCUUACAGUACACAGAUGAGAAAACUGAGGCCAGAAGAAGCUAAGUGACUUGACUAGACCACAUAACUCCCUAAGUGUUUGAGACAGGAUUUGAAUACUUCCUGACUACAAGUACAGCUAUUCAAUCAAAAUUUAAAACAUUUAUUUAGGGCUUACUGUGUACCAGGCAUUUUGCAAAACCUGUGUUUACAAACUUCUCUAUUAUUGUCUGCUGUCUCUCAAUGAGUUUGAGGUACAAAUAAGCCAGGUCUAUUUAGGGAUGUAGUGCAAAAUUUAUGUCUAGUAAAUUAUUACUUUCAUUUUCAUUUUUCUUUAUUAUAUCCACUUAUUUCCCGAAAUAUACCAGAAGAUUUUGGAGGUUGCUUUAGAAAAAGUAAGAAUAGGGAAGAAUCAUUUCUGUUUUCUUUAGUUUUUGCUGAAUAUGCUAAAGAUUCAAAGUUUAAUUUCAAGUGCUUCUGAUCCUGAAACAAUGGUAGAUAUAAGGUUUCAACUGAUCCUUUGGAUGAAAAAGCAGUAAAACAUACAAUGUAUAACUUAGAUGAAUCUGAACUAGCAAUUCAGGGUAAAAAAUGCUUUGUUUUACUUUGGGUUUUGUUUAUUUGUUUGUUUGUUUGUUUUUACUCAUAAUUGGUUGUAAAUGUCCAGACUAGAUGUAAUGAUCUUUGUAUUUUAAAGGGCACAUUUUCAAGUUAGACAGCUGCCAAACAAGGAACUAAGCCAUCCAUAUGUCUUACCUUUCCUAUAGGUAAUCAAGAUGGGAUCCUUUGUUGUUUAUGCUCUAAAAAGACUCUUACUUCUCCAUUAUUUCCUCUUUUAAUGAGUGUUU